CGGAACCCACUCAAACUCCGCUCCCCUUCUCUGCAUUUUCGGGGCUCCGAGCCCCGAUUCCCAGGAGAAGAUUGAGAAUGUACUCUGCUAUCCAUUCUCUGCCGUUGGAUGGGCAUGGAGACUUUGGUGGGUCGUUGGAUGGUACCAACCUGCCCGGUGAUGCUUGCUUGGUUCUGACUACGGAUCCAAAGCCCCGGCUGCGGUGGACGGCGGAGCUCCAUGAGAGGUUUGUGGAUGCUGUGACUCAACUUGGUGGCCCUGACAAAGCAACACCUAAGACCAUUAUGAGAACAAUGGGAGUCAAAGGCCUUACCCUUUAUCACUUGAAAUCUCAUCUUCAGAAAUAUCGAUUGGGGAAGCUAUCGUGCAAAGAUUCAGCUGAAAACUCCAAGGAUGGGAUUGCAGCCUCUUGUAUAGCUGAAAGCCAGGACACUGGUUCAUCCUCGGCGGUCUCAUCAAGAGUGAUUGCGCAAGAUUUGAAUGAUGGCUACCAGGUUACUGAGGCUUUGCGAGUACAAAUGGAAGUCCAACGGAGACUGCAUGAGCAGCUGGAGGUGCAGCGUCGUCUUCAACUUCGAAUUGAAGCACAGAGCAAGUAUCUUCAGUCUAUACUUGAGAAAGCUUGUAAGGCUCUGAAUGACCAGGCUGCCACAGCCGCUGGGGUUGAAGCUGCUAAGGAGGAACUCUCUGAACUAGCUAUUCGGGUUUCCAAUGACUGUGAAGGGAUAGUCCCACUUGAUUCCACAAAAAUCCCUUCAUUGUCGGAAAUUGCUGCCGCUUUAGAGAACAGAGAUGUCUCCAAUGUAAUGGCUCACCUCGGCAACUGCUCUGUUGAUAGCUGCUUGACAUCAACCGGAAGCCCUGUUUUGCCAAUGGAUAUGAGUUCACUCGCUGCUGCUAUGAAGAAAAGACAAAGACCCUUCUUCGGUAAUGGAGACUCGUUGCCUUUGGAGAGCAACAUGAGGCAGGAAGUCGAAUGGAUGAUGAGUAAUAUUGGAUGAAUAGCAAGACAUUCCCUUAGAAAAGAAACCUUUAUUAUUUAAUUUUUCUUGUCUAGCUAAUCUAAAAUGCACCAAUCUUUUGCAAAAUGUACCAUUAGUGGUCUAUUCUUAAAGCA